CGGCGCCCAGUUCAGUGACGAUCCCGAUCUCAGCGCGGCACCGCGUCGCCUCGCGCUCCGUUCCCGAAGUGAAGUGAGCCCCUCACGUGAUCCCCGAAACCCCCCCGCGGGGCGCCCCUCGAGCCCCGAUCCCCCGCGAGUGCGUUCGGCUGUCAGGUGCUCCACGCGAGUAUCUCACCUAACCACCUGUGACUUGGAUCCUUGUUUUCCGGGGGUAGUGUGUGCUUUUGGACCCCGUUUCCGUCGGAUUCCGUUCCCGUGCUCCGUAACUUGUGAACUCGAGUGCGAAUAAUAAUCUCGGUGUGUCGGGAAAGCGGAAGUAAGUGCCGGGAGCGAAUCUAAGUGGAAGUCGAACGACGUUGACGUCGCGUCUGGACCCGGGAAGCCCCGUUUUCGUGUGCCGUUACGUGCUGUGUUCGGGGUCGGACGUCGGACGUCGGCCGUCGGACGUCGGACGUGGACGUCUCCGUUGGGCCGGUGCCGGUGCGUGUAAAUUGAUUAGCAUGCGUUGAGGUUGUAUGGCGGCGCGCUCAUGUUGCUGCAAGCCGGUUGGAACAGCAGCGGCGGUGGCGGUGGCGGCGGCGGCGGACCCUCGGCCGGCGACGACGAGAAGAAGCGCGAGGAGCACGAGCAUCUCGAGGAGAUCCAAAAUAAACUCAACCCAGGCUGGAGCGUCCACGUGACACACGACAACCGCCUCUACUACUGCAACCAUGUAACGCAGACGUCCUCCUGGGUCCCGCCUGCAGAAGCCUGGCUUCGCGACAUCAGCGGAGGCCUUCCUUACGGCUGGGAGCAGGCCGUAGACGCCGAUGGCAGGCCCUACUACAUCAAUCAUAUCAACAAAACGACAACUUAUGAGGACCCACGCCCUGGCUACAGAGAUGAGCCGGCAAAACCCCGCACGGUUCAUCUCACCAGAGACGCUGAGAUGGGCUUCGGAUUCGUCGCCGGUAGUGAGAAACCCGUCAUCGUCCGAUUCGUGACAGAGGGUGGUCCGAGCGAGGGGAAGUUGGAGCCCGGUGACCAGAUACUCAAGAUCAACGAUGAGGACGUGUUCUCAGCACCCCGCGAUCACGUCAUACAGCUCGUGCGUGCCUGCGCAUCCACGGUCUGUUUGGUCGUGUGCCAACCGCUUUAUGAUAGUACGGCGAGAAAAUCGGCGCUUCUUAGUUCAGCGAAGAAAGCCAAGCUGAAAACGAAUCCCUCCCGAGUGCGAUUUGCAGAAGGAAUAGUAAUUAAUGGGUCCCCUCUUUUUCCUACGUCAACAUUCAUUAGUGAUUCAAAUGUGCCGUUGAUGCCAAAUGUCUUAAAAGUGUUUUUGGAAAACGGCCAGACUAAGUCUUUCAAGUAUGAUGCAAAUACAACAGUUCAAGAUGUGAUCACCUCUCUGCAAAGUAAAUUAUGUCUACGUGCAAUAGAACAUUUUUCCUUGGUUCUGGAACAAGUCAAAAGUCUUCGUAGGAAUAAAUUAACGUUGCUCAAUCCUGAUCACACAUUAGCCAGAAUUGCUUCCAGACCCGGUUCUCACAAUUUGCGUUGUUUGUUCCGAGUUGCUUUUGUUCCUAGAGAUCCUUGUGAAUUAGCUCAACAAGAUUUAGCUGCCUUUGAGUAUUUAUAUAUGCAGUGUUGUAAUGAUGUGGUUCAAGAGAGGUAUGCUCCUGAAUUGAAGUACGAUAUUGCUCUACGUUUGGCUGCACUACAUAUUCAUCAGCAUGCAGUCUCUAAUAACAUUCCUGCCAGCAAAGUUACCGUAAAAGCAAUAGAACGAGAAUUCGGCUUAGAAAAAUUUGUGCCUAUGUCUUUAAUGGAAUCAAUGAAAAGGAAGGAGCUGCGGAAACUCCUUACUCAUUUACUUAAGCUCAAUCAGACAAUGACCGGUUCCGCUAACAAAAGCUUAACGAGUCUUCAAGCAAAACUUUACUACCUCACCAUCAUCACAGAACUUCCUAGUUACGGAGCCAAAUGCUUCUCCACAAAUAUCAGGGAUUGUAAUGCAGAAACUGUCAUAUUAGUUAGUCCAAAAUUGGGUAUCAGUCAAAUUAAUGGUCUCAGAAAUAGUAUGCCUGUGCCACUAGCAGAUGUAGAGCAAUUAAAUCUAGUUCGUGUUAGGAGAGAUGAUCAAAUAUCAAGCACUCUAACACUUUACCUUCCAACUGCCCUUCAAAAGGAGGUAACAUUUAGCAUGGAAGAUAGAGAUGCAGAAGAAUUAGUUCUAGUGCUUCAAGGUUACUACCGGCUCCUAACAGACAAAGAGCUACCCAUUGAGCAAGAGAAGGAAACUUGGUCGCACGAUAUAGCUCCACUUUAUCACUCACAACAUGCUGUUAGACCAGCCAGGUGGAGUUACGCCACUGGAAGUGAUUCUGAGGAUGAGAGACUGACAAGCUUUGCCAUUAAUCCCCCUUACGCUCCGAACAAACAAUCCGGUAAUAAUGUGAGUAAAGUUGGGACAAUUAUUAGGAAAGACUCAAAAACAAACACAGACAAAUUAGAUCGCAAUAUGAAUAAUAUGUCUCAGAAAAUAGAGGAUAGAAAUGGAUUGUGUGAUAAAGAUUUUAAAGUUAAUCCUGUAAAUAAAACCGGUAUCGACCUUCAAAGUGUAGUAUCAAUGGAAAUUUUAGAAAGUGAGAAUGCGUUUGAAACCAAAAAUGAAGAGGUAUUAAAAAGAGUCGCUGAGAUGCAAGCCUUAGUAGAGAACUCAGAGCAAUAUUUAACAAAGCAUCAAAGGGAAUCGAGUGAUAGUGACACAUCUCAUGUCUCCUCUGGACAAGACUCUGAUACAGCUCCCGCACCAGGACAGUUGAAGCACAGCGAUUCACUUCUACUUCUUACUCAGGGUCAUAAACAAGCAACGGAGGAUCUUGCAGCUGCAGUCCAAGCUUUAGAUUUAACGGAAACGGAAAGCGAUACAGACUCUAUCUGCACGCCAUCGGAGAGUCCCUACAAGAAUCGAGAAUCAACAAGCAGUUUUGGUUUGCACAGUCCGGACAAUUUGAUACCCCGAGUCGGUCAAGACACUCUACAAGAACUUUGGAAACGGCUCAAAGCAGAGAACUCGGACCUUACUUGUGAUAGUAUUUACCUGGACCCUGAUAUUAUCGAUUUAACAUUUAUUCCGCCUCCGAUAUUAUCUGCAGAGGAAAGUGUCAUAUCGGAGGCCAGUUUCCCACCCAGAUCAUUUGCAGAUCAUGCAAAUUUCCCCGAUUAUCAAGAUAAAAUUGUAGAUACUUUAAUGUCAAAAGACGCAGAGACUAGAGCUCAACUGCUGAACUUAGAUUUGGAUUCAUUUUUAGCUACAAUGAUAGUGCCUCCUCCUGAGAAAAAGACUGCUCCAACCUCUGCCUUGACUGCCGAACAGCUGUCUCAGUACAUCAUACCGCCACCUCCUCCUGUCAAUAACGCUGAAAACUCGAAUGAGCGAGUACAACCUCAUAAUUAUCCUGACUUUACUUAUCAAAAUGGAAGUAUUGUUUCAUCCAGCAUUGAAAAUAGACAGCCAGAAAAGUACUACGUUUCAAACUCAGGUUCUCCAGUCAGACAGCGGAAAACGGUCGUUUUAGUGAAACCUCAAGAAAAUGGCUACGGUGGAACUUUGCCCCGAUGUUCAACUUUUGCCCCGCCACCAGAGAUCAGAGUGAAUCCUCUGUCUGCUACACUUGAUAGAAAGACUAAUAGUAGUAGUUUGUCCUGCUGUAGUAGGCCAAGGCAAGGAAGUCCUGAGAUGCCCCCCCAGUUACCCCCUCGAACUGAAACGCUUAGCAGAAAGCCACCUUUACCUCCAGUGACCUCUCAGGAAGUGUUAGUGCGUAAUGGCUACAGUUCCUUGAGUAAAAACGCUGCAACUGCUGUAACAGACCUGCUAGAAACCUUAAGUCAGGUUGCUGCCCAGUGCAAUGCUGCCCAAGCAGCUGGAGGUGGAACAAAUAUUGAUGAAAUGCGAUUUCAGGAGGCCAAAGAUUAUUUGACCGUUGAAUCUCGGCAGUUAGUCACAUCAUCCAAAGUUCUAGUUCGAAGUUGUACUUUACCCAAAUCACCUGAGUUUCCUGCAAAUUUGGCCCAGUGUAUAGCCCAUUUAAAGAAGAUAACUGACCUAUGCGUUAGGAUGUCUGUGCAUACUGCUGCACCUUUGCAAACACGUAAUUUAGUUUUGAAAGUUCAUGACGUUUUAUCAGUGUUCCGAGAUUUACUGACUAUAACAGACAUCCAUAACGAUGAAGUCCUCACCAAACGCGCUGAAAGCUUAGCAGGAGUGCUGGCAACUCUGUUAAGAAGCUUACGCGUUUUCUCACCAUAACUUUUACCUUUUGACUACUCAUUUAACGUUCAUAUUUGUCACCGUUUUUCUCUUAUGAAUUUUUUUUACGACUCAUAAUUAGGUUCCAAUUUUAAUUUAUUUGUUUAUGUACAUUUGUUUUUGACUUUAUUUGAAAGUUUUGUAUGAAUAUUCAGUAUAUAAAAAUUGUAAAAAGAAAUAUGAAAUAGUGAGUAAGCUGAUUUAUAGCUCUUUUUCUGCUCUCCAAGAGAAGACAAAAAAUCUGAUAAUUUUUUAAAAAAUUAAAAGAGUGUAUGUGAUAGUAAUUUAUUUUGUUGUUAACUGUUUUUUGUUUGGUUAUUUAUUUCUUUUUUUAAAAAAAUUAUUUUCUCUUAGUUUUAUUCAUUAAUUUUUUAUGUCUGAGUUACUCUGCACAGGUUAACAGUAAAAGUUUGUUAAUCGUUGAAAAAUAUUGUGCCCAAUUAUUAGCAAUUUUGCCUUUGAGAAACAGUAGAUUGUUAAAAUUUUUAGUAGGAAUGUCUUUUUAUUGCCCCUCAUAAAAAAUUGGUCUACGUCUCUCAUUGGUUUGUUAUUGAGUCUCUAAGAAAUUUCUAAUCAGCUUCCAAAAAAUUGCUGGUCAUAAAACAAGAGGUUCCCUUCUGUUUCAUUCAAAUAAGCCUCUUUUAACUUGUUUAUAAUUCAUUUCAGCAAGUGAGGACACCUUUUUUAUCUUCAAUAUCCUCCUUCUUCUUUUAUCUCCGAUAAUUUUACAUGUAAUUAAAAUAUUGUACUUGCUUUAUCUUCAGCUGAGUUCAUGCGGGCACUUAGCGAUUCUCUUUGAGAGUUUUGAAAGUUCAAAAUUAAAAAUUGGUUCAAAUUAAGUUUGGCAAAUAGAUUGGGAUAAAAGCCAAAAGAAGUAGCAAAAAGGCAGAGGAAGAUGAAAUCAGUUUCUGUUGUUUCAUGACAGCAACUGGAGUCUAAUAAUUUUGCCAGCAAAACCGUUGUUUCUCUUAUUUUCUUUAUUUGACUGAACUGAAACUCUAGUGUAGUUUAGAUUAUGUACUACAGCCUCUAAACGGAUAUUUACAAAAACCACAGAGUUUCAUAUUAGGUGUGAGGAUUGUAGAUAAAAAAGUCUCAUUUCUGCUAAAUUACUUUAAAGAAGGAAAAUUGUGCACCCUUUUCUGCGCUGACCGUGAAGAUAAAUUUAUGCAGAUUUCAAUUUGUUAAACUGAUUUGUUUUAGUUGAAAUUUUUUUUUCUUCUCAGCUUUUGUUUUAAUUAACUUGCUCUAUUAUUUUGUAAAUCUACAAACAACAGAAGAACUUUGAGAAUUUAAAUAAACCAAUUUUCAAAAUAUG